GUACUUAUUGUUUUUUUUAAGUGCACAGUUCUGAGUUUAUCUUGUACGUUUAUGUCUCGCAAUCACCCCCCAGAUUUCUGUGUUUACAUCUCAUAAUUCUAACUUUUUUUCUCUGAAUUCUGAGUUUGCAUCUCGCAAUUUUGACUCCCCCCCCCCUCAGAAUUCUUGGUUUAAAUCGCUUUAAAGGGGCGCCUAAUCUUGCGAAAGGAAUUGGAUCUGUCUGAGACAACUGACAAUUUUGAGAAAAAAAGUAAGAUUUGCGAGAUGUCAAUUUGGAAUUGUGAGAAACUAAUUCAGUCAACGGAAGCCAAAAACAAAUUCGUCAGCUACGAAUCAUAUGAGCUGGGUCGCAAUCCAGGAAUGGCCACCUGCACAACCUGCCAACAGCAGGUCUUAACCAAUGUCACCUACAAAGUGGGAGUUUACGCCUGGUUGAUGUGCUUACUCUUCAUCCUGUGCGGGUUAAUUUUGUGCUGUUGUCUGAUUCCGUUCUUCAUGAAGUUUUUCAAAGACGUCUAUCACACAUGCCCGAAAUGCAAUAAGAUCCUGCACAUUGAAAGGAAGCGAUGCUGCUAACCUUUAUCCUACCCCUUCCCCAAUUUUAACACCAUUCAUGGAUUUGUAUGGCACCUUAAACUACUGGAGGACACUUUCGGGCCAACACAGAUGUCAUCUAGUACAAACUUGCUUGUAUAAACUAAUGCUUUGCAAUCUUUGUAACUCAGAACCUUUUGAUGUUCAUCUGGCUUAGUCUUUAUUAUUACACUCUCAAAUGAAUAUGAAUAUACUCAUUCUGAUUGUAUAUCUAUAAAGGACUCAGGGUUAAGGCUUCAGAGGGUUGAGGAGUUUGUGGAACCAAAAAUUUGAUUUUUACAUCACAAUGUAAAUAUCAGUAAUUUUGGCAUCAACUGGUUUCACCAGGACCUUUAACAUCCAUGGAAACUUUCCAGUUGGACAAAAGGUUCUUUAUAGUGGAAAAAUGUUCUU